AUGAAAAAUGGUUUAUGGCCGGAGAUGAAGCCGCCGCCGCUCAUUCUAAAGGGGACACCGGUUGAGCUGGACAAAAAGUCGCUUACCAACAAUAAAAACUUGCCUGCCACGCCGCCAAACAUGCCUGGAGGGACGACAGGACCGAAGACGGUGGCUUGAGUCAUAAACUUUUUUUAACUCUCAGAAUUCAGAGACGACGCGAAAGCAUUGCGAUUCGGGCUCGCGAGUUUCUCUCCGCCGUGGUCAAAGGGAACAUGAUGGAAGUCUCACGGAAAAUUUCUCCUCAAGCUCUCAAGGUUCGAUGGCCAAUAAAAAAAAAUAAAUGCACGUUGAUUUCCGACAGGCUUUAACACACGUUCUCCGAGAUUUUCGAUUAACCGUUGGUACAAAAAUUUCAUCUUCGUUCCUGAGAGCUCUUCUUGCUAUCAUAGAUAGUGAACAACCUCUUGAACAUUUAGAACCAGGUUUUAUAAGGCUCCGCCCACUUUUAGGCUUACUGUAGAAAAAAACACCGUAAAAAAACCAAACUUUUUUUCCUAGUGGAGCAAAUUGGUCCAAACUAAUUUUAAAAACAAAAAUAUGUUCUCUUUUUGACCAUUUAUAGUUAUAGAGCUGACCCGGAAAAAAAUUUUUUUCUUUCAGAAGAAAAAAAUUCAAGUUUUUUUGAAAAAAAUGACGAUUUUUCGCAGUCUUUGAGUCAUAACUAGUACUAGAACCCCCGAAUGCCUGGAUUUUUUUAUUUUUUUCAAUCGACGCGUUAGGGUCUUGUGAGUAGAGGAAAAAAAUGCCUAGAAACUCUGAAUCCGGGUGAUCCAGUUGACCUCCAUCUCGAAGAACGCGGCCAACUUGAAAAAUCGCAAAAACCUUUGAAAAUUUCUAUUUUUUUGUGAAAGCCGGAUUCCGUCUUGUUUCUUAUUUUUUUGUUCAACAUAACACAGCCUGCUGCAAAAUUGCAGCUCAAAAAGUAGCGAGCUGGAACCCUUUGAAAAAAAGAUUUCUGACGUUUUUUUCUGAUUUUUUUCGUUUUUUUCGGCAUUUUUCAAACUUUUUCGCUCUAACUAGUACUAGAACCCCCGAAUGCCUGGAUUUUUAUUUCUUUAAUUGACGCAUUAGGGUCUUGUGAGUAGAGAAAAAAUGUCUAGAAUCUCUGAAUCCGGGUGAUCCAGUUGACCUCCAUCUCGGAGAACGCAGCCAACUUGAAAGUGACUAAAUUUUUAAAAAUCAGUUACUUUCUUGGGAGCAGGAUUUUCCCUCACUUCUUUUUGCCAAUCAGACACAAUUCACUCAACACAAAAUUGGCACAAAAAAUUAUGACUCUCAAGCAUGAGGAAAUUUUUUUUUUCCAAUUUUUCACUUUCUCGGAUUCAUUUUUUUUUCUGUCCUUUCCAAUUAUUGAGCUCUAAUGGAUUAGGAUACCAGGAAUGCUUUGAGUUUUUCCGUUGUACUGAUCCGUUACAUCUUCCCAAGCUCUUUAAAAAUAUUCCCAGGCUCUGUUUCCGGGUGAUCCAGUUGACCUCCAAGCAACCAAAGCGGUCGACCCCGAAUUCGAGCAAAAUUAAAAAAAUUUUCCAAAUCGUUUUUUUGCUUCCUAACCAGUAGUUCUCAUCAUCUGGAGGGUUUUCAGUGUAGUUUCCACCAAUUGCUAGCGUCAAUUUUUAUUUUUAGCUCAUUUUUAUUUUUGUCAGAAUUUUUUAAAAUUUUCGACGGGAGGCAGCCCCAGCAAUACCCCCCAAAACUUUUUGUCCAAAAUAAUUUGAUCAGCGUUUCAGUCCAGUUGAUAAUUCAGAAGGAAUGAAAUAAGAAAAAUUUUCGCCACAGGAAGAGGAGCAAGUCUCCUCUAGAUUCUUGCGAAAAAAAAAAUACAGAAAGCGAUAUAUUGAUCAUGCCUAUGGGCCGAGGGAAAAUGUUUGUCGAAAGUCUUGGUAAAUCGAGUGAAAUGAGAAGCCAUCUUCUUUUGGACAAAAAUUUUUGGUCCAUUUCCUCGAUGUCGAUGAAUUCCUCCUAGAAAAACUGGCAAAAACGAAUUUCUUCAAAAAGUUUCGAAUCCCGGUCAUAGACACCACAGUGCAAGGACGCUUUGAAGCUUCAUAACUCGAAAAGUAGAUCUAUUGCGUGAAAUUUUAUUCGUGUUCUGGAAAGAGGAAGUCUUAUAGUACCUUUCAGCAAAGUUUCAACAAAAGUUCAACCGGCCACCAAAAAAACACUCCCCUUGUCAGUAUUUUUUCAAAUUUUUUUGAUUCUUUUCGGUUGAAAUAGUUUUGUCUUUUUUUCUGUAUGAGAAAAUCUGUUCAAAAGACUUUCGACAAACAUUUUCCCGGCGAAAAUUUUUCUUAUUUCAUUCCUUCUGAAUUAUCAACUGGACUGAAACGCUGAUCAAAUUAUUUUGGACAAAAAGUUUUGGGGGGUACUGCUGGGGCUGCCUCCCGUCGAAAAUUUUAAAAAAUUCUGACAAAAAUAAAAAUGAGCUAAAAAUAAAAAUUGACGCUAGCAAUUGGUGGAAACUACACUGAAAACCCUCCAGAUGAUGAGAACUACUGGUUAGGAAGCAAAAAAACGAUUUGGAAAAAUUUUUUAAUUUUGCUCGAAUUCGGGGUCGACCGCUUUGGUUGCUUAGAUGUCAACUGGAUCACCCGGAAACAGAGCCUGGGAAUAUUUUUUUAAAAGAGCUUGGGAAGAUGUAACGGAUCAGUACAACGGAAAAAAACUCAAAGCAUUCCUGGUAUCCUAAUCCAUUAGAGCUCAAUAAUUGGAAAGGACAGAAAAAAAUGAAUCCGAGAAAGUGAAAAAAAUUGGAUUUCCUCAUGCUUGAGAGUCAUAAUUUUUUUGUGCCAAUUUUUGUGUUGAGUGAAUUGUGUCUGAUUGGCAAAAAGAAGUGAGGGAAAAUCCUGCUCCCAAGAAAGUAACUGAUUUUUAAAAAUUUAGUCACUUUCAAGUUGGCUGCGUUCUCCGAGAUGGAGGUCAACUGGAUCACCCGGAUUCAGAGAUUCUAGACAUUUUUUCUCUACUCACAAGACCCUAAUGCGUCAAUUAAAGAAAUAAAAAUCCAGGCAUUCGGGGGUUCUAGUACUAGUUAGCGCGAAAAGUUUGAAAAUGCCGAAAAAACGAAAAAUCAGAAAAACGUCAGAAAUCUUUUUUCAAAGGGUUCCAGCUCGCUACUUUUGAGCUGCAAUUUUGCAGCAGGCUGUGUUAUGUUGAACAAAAAUAAGAAACAAGACGGAAUCCGGCUUUCACAAAAAAUAGAAAUUUUCAAAGGUUUUGCGAUUUUCAAGUUGGCCGCGUUCUUCGAGAUGGAGGUCAACUGGAUCACCCGGAUUCAGAGUUUCUAGGCAUUUUUCCUCUACUCACAAGACCCUAACGCGUCGAUUGAAAAAAUAAAAAUCCAGGCAUUCGGGGGUUCUAGUACUAGUUAUGACUCAAAGACUGCGAAAAACGUCAUUUUUCAAAAAGCUUGAAUUUUUUUCUUCUGAAAGAAAAAUUUUUCCGGGUCAGCUCUAUAACUAUAAAUGGUCAAAAGAGAACAUAUUUUGUUUUAAAAUUAGUUUGGACCAAUUUGCUCCACUAGGAAAAAAGUUUGGUUUUUACGGUGUUUUUUCUACAGUAAGCCUAAAAGUGGGCGGAGCCUUAUAAAACCUGGUUCUAAAUGUUCAAGAGGUUGUUCACUAUCUAUGAUAGCAAGAAGAGCUCUCAGGAACAAAGAUGAAAUUUUUGUACCAAACUUUUUCGCAUUUGUUCGAUUUUCUGGGAGAAUGCGUGUUAAACAUUUGAAACCUUCUUCCGUAAAGCGGAGAAAAAGAAUUGUGGAUUCUAGGAAAUAUUGCUUCAGAUAGCCCAUCCGGUUACUGGAAGCGUGGCUUUACACCUUGCAGUUCUGAACGGACACAUGAAGAUAGUGGAGAUUAUCCUUUCCUACAGCGUGGCCACAAUCGACGCCAAAGACAACGUACUUUCUGUCUUUUUUUUCCCCAAAAAAAGUCAUUUAUGAAUUCAGGAAGGCAGAACGCCUUUGCACUACGCGGCCGCCCUGCUUGGUCUUCAUGGCGAUCCUGCCAUGUACUACUACCUAAUGGAAAAAGGCGCCAAAGACACUAUCCUCGGUUUUCAUUCAAUUAUUUUUACAGUUUUCUGGUCAUACGGCUGUGGUUUCUAAAUUUGGAAUUUUUCGCCAAUAAUUAGGAAAAAAAUUGGAAUAGUGGUGGUUACAAACAAUGAAAAAAACUUCACGAGAAUGAAUCUCGGGCAAACUGAAAAGCUCCUCAAAAGCUUUUCUCAAAAAAAGGCCUUGAAAGGGUCCACAGCAGAUCUUUUUUACAUCAUUUCAAUUCUUUUUUGCAUCUUUUUCAUAUCCUCUGACAAAAAGGAUGCUGGAAAGCAACUAAAAAGAUCCGAGAGGUUUCAAAAAGGAUCCUCUGAGGCUAUGAAAAAGGUGCUCAAAAGCUUUUUUACAUCAUUUUAGGAGCUUUUAGAGGAAGCUUUUUAUCUCCCUCCUAGGAUCUUUUAAGGAUCCUCAAAGGAACUUUUCAGUUUUACCUAUGAUACCGGACGAAAAUGCGAAAAAAAAAAGUAAAAUGUUUUUUAAACGAAUCCUAUUUUGGUAAACUUAACUCUUUUUGGAAUUGGUAACUUUUCUGCGUGUAACUACACAAAAAUCCGACGAUAUUCCAGUUUAAGCUUUAGGAACGAAAAACUCCGACCUCGGUAACGGGAAUCGGACGCGCCACGAUCGUAUAAUUGAGCCUUUUUAGUGGACACUUAAAGGCGCCUGGGCAUAUUGGCAGUAAAAACAGAAUUUGAGGGGAAGCAGUAUUGUGCACAGCUUUUUCAUUGUUAAUCGAACGGUCUACUUAAUAAACCAAAGAUAUAGUAAUAUUAUUAAUUAUGAAGAAAAACGUAAUUGUAUUUUUCCGACUUUUAAUUUUUUUUUUUAAUAUUCGUUUAAAUGACGAAAAAAACUUGUGACAUAGAAAUGAUUGAAAUUUGAAAGAAACGAAGGAAAAAGCGAAAAUCCGAAAAAUGGCGAAGCGUGCUGUCGACAGCGCCAUUUUUCGGAUUUUUGUCCAUAGAGCACCUUCUUUGCCGAAUGCUUUUUUCGCGGGAAAUUGAAACUUUUUUCUCUCCGACGUUGAAUUAUUAUUUCUCCAAAACUAGGAAUUUUUGUACGUUUCCAAGUUCAAAGUUCGACACGCGAUCAAGAGCUUUACAAAAUGGCAUACUUGUCUCAAACCCUUUUUCUUACUGCCCAUAUACCUUUAGGAAGACUGACGCAUCAGAAAAAAAAGUUAAGUCGGAAUUUGUUAACGCGAAACGGACGCGAAUCGGACGUGCCGAGGCAUUUCUAGUGACCACUUUAGUUGCGUCGGCACUCUUGAGUGAUGCCUGAAAUUGCUCAGAACAGAAAUGUCCGUUUCGAGUUAUUUAUACGAAUUUCGGAGACCUCUGACAUGGGGCGCCCACGCAUAUUCAAGGCGGCCGGUCGUAUUACGGUAGUUAAGCUAGGUUUUUCGGGAAUAAAAUAAAAACUUGUUUACUUUUUGUGACGUAACUUAUCUUGUAACUUCGAGAAAUAGGUCCUUAACAAAUUGCAAAAAAGAAAAAAAGUUUUAAAAAUUUCCUGGCUCCGAAACUGACGGCGCAAUAUUGACCAGCCACCGGCCGCCGUAGCACUGUCUUAAACAUGCGUGCGCCUAAAGAUCGCGAUGGCCACAACUCUUACUGUGACCUACACUAUUUCGUAGUUUUCUGGCAGCUAGCUCAUUUUUAUUUUCAUUUUGCAAAGAAGUCCGCGCACCUUUGAGUCGGUCGAAGCUUAAAAAUUUCUAAAUUUCAAUAUUCAGUCAUCAGUUUCGAAUAAUUCUAACGAGUUUUCCGUUAGAUGCCGAGGGGUUCACAGCGCAGGAUGUACGUCAAAAUCCAAGUCUCGUUUCAUUGGACCGAGUUCGAUAUCAGAAUGUGUGUGAGUUGUUUAUCGUUUUUAGUCUGACAUGGUAAGAAAAGCGCCCAUCUUUGAAAUAAGAUCUAAGUGCGGAGCAACAUGAAUUAUUUGAGAUCCGCUGGCCGUAGACGCCGAGUGGGACUCGCUGUUUGCAUCGCACUCCGAGGACGAACUUGCCAAGAUGGUCCGGAACGGAGUCCUCGACCUCGCUCAUGCUCCGCCGCUGCCGCUCCACCUGGAAGUCUUCAGUCGGCUGACACAGCUCCAGGCAGUUCCUUAGAGCUCCUCUGACAAAUUUAUCCAUUUAGGCCCAAGUUUUGGGAGUCUGGGAAGCGGUAUCGGCGGAGGACGAUCGCACUUUGAAGCAAUUAGUCUGCGAUAAGUCCAUGGCCUUGUGUCGGGAUUCUGACGGUCGGACUCCUCUACACAACGCCUACAGGUUUUUUGUUCUUCGAACUUGGUUAGACUCUGUUAACACGGGUUGAGAUAGUUUAGUCUGCCAGGUUAUUUCAACUUGUUAACGAGGUGAAUGAGAAUAACUAAAUAAAAAAAACAAUUCUCCCAAAGGUUCCCUGGAAAAACUAGAAGUAUUUAGUUACAAAACUCAAGAGCCGUGAGAAUAUGUGUCAAAAUACUAGAUCCAUCGCGUUUUCCAGAAGAGGGCACCAGCCAUCCAUUGAAUAUCUUUUACAUUUAGCCCCAGAAGCCGCGAAGAUUCGAGACAAGGUUUGUCAAAGCAGAAGUACUUUUUCGAAAUUAAAAAUUCUUUUUUGAAAUUCACAUCAAUUUGUAAAACAAUAUCACAAUUUCAACAUUUAAAAGAGUAGGGAAAGUUUUUUCAUUAAGCUGGUUGUUCAAUGGCCUUUUCUUUUACCAAAACAAAAAAAAAUCUAUAGAACCAAACAAAAAUCUGAUGGCUAUUAUAUUGUGACGACCUGAAAAUUGGAAGAUUUUUGCUGUUUUGACUACUGUUUUAAGAUAAGGGAAAAUUUAAAAAAAUAACUGUCAACAUAGGCGAAUCAAGAAAGGGUAUCGCGAGUUUCUCUGAGGUAUAUCGCAGGCUCUGAAGUCUCACGAUGGUACCUCGAGUAUACCUCUGAGGACUUUGAUCAAAAUGAGAUAAACUUGAGAGAGAAUCUCACGUACCUCCGAGAUGGCUCAGAUAUAGCCAAAAGGUAUGCCGGAGGUCUCACGAUCCAUUCUGAGAGGUAUUUUUGUGGACACAUUAUGGUACCUUCUUGAUUCGCCUGUGAAGAUCGGAUGACUUUGAUUCACAAAAUCAUCCAAAUCAAAGUUCUUAAAAAUAUUUCAUAUUCUAUAUCCUAAUCUUAUAAAUAUCUAUUGAAUCUCGUCCUUCGUUCCCAUUACCUUGAAUCUGUCUAGAAGGGACGGUUACCUGUCGACUACUCGUAUUCGGCUCCGCUACUCGCCGCCCAUGUGCCGAACCUAGCCAACAGACGAGUUUGUUUCAAACAUCGCGUUCCAUAAUUGGAGACGCACCCUGAUUUUUGCCUUUUUUUUGUUCAAACUCAUAACCUUUAUUCAAAUAACUUCUCCUCGUGAGAUACCUCCUUAUUAUCAUCAAAAAAAAAAUUGCGUAAUAUUUGGCACAUUUGAUUUUUUUUUUUCUAGGAAAAAUUUCUGAUUCCGAACGGGCAGUUUUUCACUUUUUUCAAAACUGAAUUUCCAGCCGUCUCGUACUAAAAUUUUACAUCAUGAACGUUUCCACGUAGUCAGCAAAACAAAUGAAGAAACUCCACGGUAAUGCAAAUUUUUCGAUGUUUUUUUAAUUUGGGAAAAAUUCAGUGGAGCAAUCGCUCUCACUUCAAUAGAAGCUUCCUCUCCAGAAGGCAUAGAACCAUCUGUUUUAGAACGUAUACAAGGAAUAAACAUAAACGAGAGAGAUUUCUCGGUGAGGUUUUCCGUCUUUUCUUGAAAAUAAAACUGGCCGUUUGAGGUAUUGGAAGAAAUACAGAUGGAAGGAAAAGCUGACCAAAUUUGGCGCGUGGUUAAGAAAAAUAUUGGAAACAGUGAACUUGCUCGUCAUGUUAACGAGUUCCGUCAAAUACAGGUUUUUUUUAAAAUUUAAGCUUCUAUUUUCGAGAGAUGAAAAAUUAUGGGCACAAGAAAAGUUUGUUGUUCUAAAAAAUAUAAAUGAAUGAAUAGCACUUACAGAUGAGACUCAACUCGGCGAUUGACGCCAUCGAAAAAAACGACGACGUUCGUCUGCGACAGCUCGCCGAUGAUGACGUCAUGAACACUCGCGACACCCGCGGAAAGUCGAAUCCAGCGAUUUUCGCACUAACCUCAUAA